AUUUGUGUCGCGCGGGCCUUCAAUCGAUAGCUUUGCAACAAUCUUUCCAAAAGAUGCUAGCUCACGGAAUUAAAACAAUAAAACGAAGAACAAUAACUCAAGAAACUCUUGCCUCUAUCCAAACUCGGAUAGACUAACAUUCAAGUAACUUCCUCAUAGUUUGAAAGGUGUAGCCUAUUUCUUUCAGAACUAUCGCUCUCGAACAUUUUACAAGAGCAAGCUCGCGCCAGUCUGAUGAAUUCGCCAAACCAGGACGAAGAUGAUGUGCCCGUUAAAGACCCGGUAAAAUACGGAGAGUUGGUCAUAUUGGGGUGAGUAACGGUAGGCUAGACGGAUAACUUGUAGUUAAUAUCACCGGAUCGAAACUGAGCUAAUAGUCGUAGUAGUGCACUUAGGCUACUAGUCUACUAUAUUAGCCUACUACGAAAAAAUGGAAGGGAUGACGUGUGAGGCAGUUGAGUUCGGUUGGUUUUGUUCUACACAGAAAUGUUUUAUCCUUUACUGCUGUACAGAAAAUGUAAAUUUACUGUUAUUUUGUAACAUAUUUACCCCACAACAUUGUGAGGGAAUUAUUGUGAAGGUGCAGGAGAUCGAGCGCUAAAUAAGGACACGUUACAGUAACUUUGUAACACUUUAUGACUGAUUUGAUACACUGGUGGUUACAUAGACAAAGUAUUGUUACUUUGUAACUAAUCUCGUUCACAGACACUUCCACCCAAAGGCGCUAAGCCCAAUAGCCUGGGGACGAGGUUACUUUGUAACAGCGCCUGCAGAUAAUUGUUAUAAUAAGUAGCUUGCUACAUUGUAUCAUCAUAAGCACACACUGAAAUGAGUAACGUUAAGGAGGAUGCAGCCUUUUUUCUUCAGUGGAGGUCUGAGUGGGUGUAAAAUCAGCACUCGAUUGCUCAGGCUGAAAAUCUCUAUGAUGUCAUACUAUUCUGGAACUGUGAUGAUCGCAGAAAGUGGGGCAUUGGAUGAAACCAAACCAACCGAUAAAACACAGCCUAACGUAUGCCACCACCAUUGAUGUGUAUGUGUGUGUGUGUGUGUAUAUAUAUAUAUAUAUAUAUAUAUAUAUAGCCCACUUUCGUGUUUCACAUAGGGGAAUUAAAUCAACAGACACACAUCUGCCUAUUGGAGCAUUCACAAAUGGCGCCUGUAGGCUAAAAACAUAUUUCCCCACACAUACCAGACAGGAUAUGCAUAAGAGCGAGACAGACAUUCAGCGUUUCCACCUCUGCCCAGUGUAUAGUCCAAAUGAUCAGUGGGUUAACUACUCUCCCAUGCGCUCUCUUACGCCCACACUUACGUCCUGCUUCCUGUAUUCACGCCUGCGACCCCAUGACGCCUCUCUAUUCCUCUCUGCAGCCCUCCUGGACUAGACCACUGCCCAAUCCCAAAUCAACCCCUGACCCUGGCACAGAUCUGAAAGGAUUGGAUAGGUAUAAACAGUAUGAUUGAAUACAGCUCACUCUCUGCGGGAUGGCAGAAAGCGGAUGUUUCCAUUUUUCAGGGAUACAUUAUUUUCAACCUAACUUUCCUUUGAAAAAUGAGUCUGGGGACUCCGCUUGGGCGUCUUUUUACGCCUGCUACGUUAGGUUAAUAUAUCUAGCCUACCUCUUGUCUUCUGAUAGGCCAGGGUGGAAUUUUUGGUGUAUUGCAUGUACCUCUCCAAUGCUCUCAGACCUACAAAAGUAACGCGACAUAAGGGUAGGGGUUAGGGGUUGAUACACAAGCACAUUAUGCUUCUCCCCACCGGAGACCAAGAUUCAAUCCUUGCAUCCUCCCUUCUCACACUACACUGUCUCCCCCUCUCAUUUCAGUACUGUCUCAAUAAAGUGCAAAAAAUAUGUAAGGAGAUGGGAGUUCCACUCAUUUGAAAAUAAACUGACUGACUACUAGCCCUAGUAAUUGUAGAUAGGUGUUAGUGGUAUGGUCAAAUCUCCACCUAGCCCCUGUGGCAAUGCUAUCCAUACAUAUGCUGUUGACCAUUAUGGGCACUUGAAUAAUGAUUAACUGCAUGUAGCUAAAGGACAGACAAUGACAGAGGAAAAAACAGCCAUGGCUGACACUACAAGGCACUCAGUCCUCUGCAGAAAUGCUAUCGGAAUAUCCCUCUCUCCUUUGUGGUGAGAAUAGGCCUGUAAUGACACUGUAAUGAUUUAGGGAGAGGGAAAGGGCAUAACUAGUCAGUUGCACAAUUGAAUGCAUUCAACCCGAAGUGUGUCUUCUGCAUUUAACCCAACCCCUCUGAAUCAGAGCAGUGCGGGGGCCUGCCUUAAUCGACAUCCACGUCAUCGCCGCCCAGGGAGCAGUUGUUGUUGGGGUUUAACCGCCUUGUUCAAGGGCAGAACGGCAUAUUUUUCCACCUUGCUGGCUGGGGGAUUCGAUCCAGCGACCGUUUGGUUACUGACCCAAUGCUCUUACAAUAUUCUUCACUCACCCCAGACCCAAUGAUGUUCUAUGAAAUGCUGAAUGUUCUCUCUCUUGGAUAACUAGCUGCAGUAUAAUCUUGAGAGAACCCUCUCCUCGUCGCUAUCAGACAUCAAGUGUACAUUUUCACUAGCCUAGGUGCGGCCGUUUCUCUCUCAGGCUGAUACAGAGAGACUCAUCCAUGCUUUUAUUACAUCCAGGCUUGACUACUGUAAUGCUCUCCUGUCUGGUCUACCCAAGAAAGCCAUUGGUCAACUGCAAAACACUGCAACUGCAAAACAGAUCACACAGUACACCAGUUUUAAGCAGUGUUGUAGUACUCGAGACCAAUCGGUCUUGAGACAACAUAUUGAGUGUGUCGGAUACAUUUGUACUCAUCAUUUCUUCCCAAGACCAGCGGAAUAAAAAACGAAUUAUCAGCUUCCAUUCAGUUAGCGCAUAAAACCAAUUCGCCUGGCCAAAUAUAUGCACUCCUUUCUUGAAACAUUAAUACAGUAUCUUAACAUCCUUAAUAUCUAUUAUAGACAUGUUUGCGCAGUGGCGAACCUAUAGGCCUUCAGUGUGUGACAGGUUCUUGAUUCUGAAAGCACAGCAGCCGUAAUACUAGCGCACUUUUUGUAAAACACAAAGGCCACAUUUUACAUUUUAGUCAUUUAGCAGACACUCUUAUCCAGAGCGACUUAGUUAGUGAGUGCAUACAUUUUUUCAUACUGGCCCCCCCCCCGUGGGAAUCGAACCCACAACCCUGGCGUUGCAAGCGCCAUGCUCUACCAACUGAGCUACACAGGGCCAGUGGUGUAGUGGAGCGUAUACCCACUUUUGUUUGUGGGCAUUGCGUAUACUCACUUCUUACUCCCUACUGAUGCAUAACAAAGUAGUGUAGUGGAGGUAUACGACUUAUCAAGUAUGUAGUACAAUAGAGAAAUCAUGCACAAUGUAGCCUACACAAUCGCAAAGCACGUGAAAUAUAUUCACAUGCGCGCCACACACAGCCUAGUUUCAGGAGAAUAUCAUCUGCAGGCAGCAAGAGUGUGCAGCUCUCAACUGGUUUAGCUCACAGAAGAAUGACAUCGGUAGCUGGUAGGGUAGGAAAGACGUUUCAAUUGAUGAUAUCUACCAGUAAAUGCUAAGGCAACAAUGGGUAUGCAAACCAGGUAUUGAAAUAGUUUAGUCCGAAGUGUUGGUUAGUAGGCUAUUUGUGAUGCGCAAUUGUCAUCAUCCGCUGUUUGCGUCAGGGGCGUAGACAUGGAUGGGCCUGGGUGGACAGAGGCCCACCCACUGGGGACCCAGGCCCUGACAGGCACACCCAAUCAGAUUGAUGUGGUUUAAGCAUUGUUGUGGACUUAGACCAUCAAACGUUUGUAUUUUUUUGUAUUUCAAAAAAGUUAGAUUUUGAGAGUAGAAAUCUGAAAAAUCUAUAGGAAACUCAUAAAAAAAGCAUAGGAAAAUAUAGGAUUUUUCGCACAGGGUGCCUUUCCUUCGCUGGGUGGGCCGUUUUAGAACUUUUUGGUAAAAUCUGAGUAUACCCACUUCUCCAGGCACCACUACACCACUGCAUAGGGCCGAUGGAAAAACAGCCGUCACACACAGCAUGAUGUUAAAGGAUAAGCAGUCCAUAAACUCUGACAUAAUAAGCCACUAGGUGUCAAUCAUAAGAAUACAAAAACACAGCCAUUAAGCAUUUCCCAAUCGAAAUGUGCAACUAUUACUUCCCAUUGCAAAAAACAUUUCACGUUUGGCACACAAAGUAACCGGUGACCUAAAGUUUUUAAAGUGGAAGUGACAGUGUUUUAACUACUUUGCAGAUAUGAAACAGGACAAUCAUAAUAUCAGUAAAAAAAUAUAAAAUUCCCAGUUAAUGCUACAAAAGCAAUUUUCUAAGACGUUUUAAAAAUAGGUUAUAUUUGACUCAACGUUCCAUGAUGUACACUAAGGCAUUGUUGGCAGAAUAGAUGGAUGCAGUUCAAUGCAUGAUUAAUAUAAUUCACCAAUACAUUCUUGGUAGUCCAAAAAAUAUUGCUAUCAGGUUGUAAAUCACAGCUGGGCUGGUACAUUGUUCGCUGCCUCCAUUCGGGUUGCACUAACUACUUAAUAUUAUGGACAAAAACGGACAAAUGUAACUAAGGCUGGGAAUGUCAAUACAAUCAAACUAGCAAGGGCAUUUAUCACAAGUCAGUCAUAACGUGGCUAAUAGGCUAGCGUAUCUAUUUAUGUAGCAAGCUAAAAACACGGAGCCUAACGUUAGCUAGCUAGCUGCUAGGAGGAUGUCAUGCCAUUGGAGGAGUGGGUUAGUGACUGACUUUUUCCCCUCAUUGUUUUUUGGUAGCUAUACACAGCUAGAGAUGCAGUGGUCAUUUGGUUAGCUAGCAAGAACUUGAACGACUGCUAUCCAGUUAACAUAUCUUUUGUAUUUGCAAAUUCACUCAGGCUAUCAACUCCGAUUCAGAGCACUCUCGUUUGAGUGUGCCAGAGCGCAGAACAACUGAUGAAUUUACGAACGAGCAAAACCCACUGAAUAUGACCGGUGUCAGUAAACGUAGACAAAAAAAAGUAAUAGUUAGUCAAGAACGCUCUAGAUAACAUGUAAACAGCCUAACCAGCUCUGCUACAGCGAGUAAAAUGAUCAGAGUAAGGUGUUCUCUCAUUUGUGUCUGGAAGUAGCUAGCUAGCCAACUUUAGCUAGUUAGCUUGGGUGCUUGGUUGGGACAAGCAUGCAUUGGCAGGCAAGCUGCACAACCUUUUAUAAAGUUCCCAAAUGUAAGAGGACUCCCGUGGUGUUUACAUAUUUGCAGAAAUCCAUUCAGGUGUAUUUUGUGGCUUUUGGCGAAUGCGUUCUAAUGAUCUAAAGUCGCACUGUUGCAACUGCCUGUAAACACUGUCCAGUUCAAAGUGAAUGAUGGCAGGCCCGUGUGGCAAAUGGCUUGUUUGUAUAAAGGCCUACUGUAGCACUGAUUGGCUAUAGUCUGUGUAGACUCCGGUCCUGGACAAGACAGAUGGUUUUAUUUACUGCAGUGUCUAUUAAUUGUCCAAACGCACGGCCGCUUUCCCACUAUAUAUUGCUAUCGAAUUUUCAGAAAUGCCUUAGUAUACUUAAUUCCCAAACAUUCUAAGAAUUUAUGAAAAUGUGAAAAUGACCAUAUCUAAGUGAUUGCUUGUCAGAAAUUGUUUUAAAAAGUGUCAUAUUCUUCCUAGGGGUGUAUAUGAACAGGUUUUAAUAAGAUGUCAUGUUGCUAAAAUGCAGUCAGUUCCACUUUAAAUGCAACAAUGUUUCACAAACAAGUUAUUUUCGAAGCGAUGACUAACAACAGCAAGUGCGCUGCCAUAAAAAAACACAGUUCUACUCACCAGGUGAUGAUCAUUUGAAAGGUAACUUCUUGUUGAAAGUUAUUCUUGAAAAGCGAGAAGCUAACAAAUUAGCAACAACAUCAUCUUUGAUAACACCUGCUGCAGCCGCUGCAAACUAGCCAACAACAAAAGCUAGCUAGCUAGACCGUGGAAAAACUACUGCUCGCUAUUGCGCAGUGACCUGUUGGCCUUCAAGAAGGCAGAAGUUUCCAUAGGUUUUUGUUAAAACGGUUCCACCCAUUAAGUCAAAAUCUGAUUGGUUGAUUCCACUGUCACUCCAAAAUAAUAAUAUAAUAAUAAUAAUAUGCCAUUUAGCAGACGCUUUUAUCCAAAGCGACUUACAGUAAUGUGUGCAUACAUUUUUACGUAUGGGUGGUCCCGGGGAUCGAACCCACUACCCUGGCGUUACAAGCACCAUGCUCUACCAAUUGAUCUACAGAGGACCACAAAAUGUUGCCCUAAUACAGUUGAAUGGCAGAUGCCUUUAUCUAGCUUCUGAUGGCCUAGCCAAUGGCUGAUUUAGCAAGCUAGAUUUAUCUCCCCAGAGACUAGCAAAAAUCCUGAUUGGAUCUUUUUUCUCUUCAGUGUUAAUCUUUUAUUUUCCAACAAAAACUAAUAAGAUUAAAUCAGAAUAUCAUUGAAAAUAAUAUAAUUAUCAUUAUUAUAUUAUUAUAAUCAUUAAAAAAUUGUUUCCCACUAUGUUUUGGUUAGUAAUAAUUUUUAGAGUGGCUCUAUUUUCCCUCAGCAUGCAUUUUUGCACUAUUUUUAAUGUCUAAAGAUGUAUUUUAUUUUAUUUUUUUACCUUUAUUUAACUAGGCAAGUCAGUUAAGAACAAAUUCUUAUUUACAAUGACCACCUACACCGGCCAAACCCGGACGACGCUGCGCCGCCCUAUGGGACUCCCAAUCACGGCCGGUUGUGAUACAGCUUGGAAUCGAACCAGGGGGUCUGUAGUGACGCCUCAAGCCCUGAGAUGCAGUGCCUUAGACCGCUGCGCCACUCGGGAGCCCGAGAAUCUAUAUGUUGUUCUGAAAUAUGAACACAGAAAUACUUUUUCGUUUUUCAGUUUGUGUCAUUAUUUUGUUUUUAUCUUAUGUUUGUUGUGUAGUAAAUAUUUCAGCUUUUAUUUUCAUUGUUUUUUAUUUGUUUUUUUCCCAGUAAAGCACAUUGCGUUGCAUUCCAUGUCUGAAAUGUGCUGUAUAAAUAAAGCUUGAUUUGAUUAUAUCCUGCUGCGAUGGCAUGAUUUGCCAGGUCCACCUUAAAGAUAACAUAUUCUGCAGUCUCUGCCUGUCUAUCGCAGGGCAUGUGACGUGACGUGAUGUGAUGUGAUGUGAUGUCUGUUCUGCAGUGAGUCCCUGUCUGUCUGCUAUCUCUCAUUCAUUACCUUAGUUACACUGGGCUCUGUGUGUCAAGUCCAGCUCUGCUGCUCACUCCUGCCUUCUCUCGCUCGUUCUCUCUCACACUUAAUGGUUUGGGUCUCACUGACGUCCCUUUUGGAUGGUUAAGCAUUGCACCUGUACUACCAUUACUGUACCUCAAUUCCACCUCGCAAAGUUAGCGUUUUCUUCUCAUUUAACUUCUCAAAGUAUUGCCAUACAAGACUUUGCUGCUGUCGCUGGCCUUUCUCUGCCAUUUUUCCAAUUGUUAACGACGAUGACGUAGUGGUGGAGAGUCGACUCCAAAAUAAUUAAUUCCUCGACUCCCGGUCUCGACACCCAUUUCUGAGUGUCAAGAUUCUGCUAGGAAUCGACUCCUCUAAGAUUCAGUAUUUUUUGGAAUGGAGGAGACUGAUUAGUUGCCGUACUUCCGAGAACACAAACACUUGCAUCUUUCAUAGCGAGCUAGCGAGGGACGGAGAGAGAGGGGCACAGUAUAGUGCAUUAGGCCUAUCUAUCGACAAUCAGAAGCUGCAUCUCGCAAUGGAAUGCUGUAUCUCACAAUUUCUUGGCUUGCAAUGUAUCACAAUUUCAGUAAAGCAGGGCCUAUCAUCAAUGAAUAGGAUAUUGAGAUGAGCGAGAUGCAACACUUCUCUCUCACACAGUUACAGUAUCUGCUCAUGUGCACGGGUUCGUUUCACGCUGUUCACAGAGUGGGAGCCAGGGAACCAAAACAGUGAAGAAGUUGAGCCUCGCGCUUCAACCCUCUUAGUUGUUGCGUAAAUUGACCCACUAUGCUGUUUACUUUAUGCAUCUACAUACAAAUAAAAGACACAAAAACAUUUUAUUUUCUCGGUUAAAGACUUUUCUUAACGUUAAGGAUCCCAAUUUCAUUUCAACGUUUUAACGUUCACACUCCUAUCUCUCACACAGUUUAUAUAUCUUCCUCCAUCCCUCCCCUCCCUCCUUCCCAGUGCUGUUUGCUGAAUCUCAGUGGCUCCUCUGCUCUCCACUAAAAUAAGCCCCGUGUCAGGGGGCAGAGGAAGUUAAUAUUUCAUACUGCAUGUACUCUGUGCUGUGCUGCCGAGUGCACAUGCGUGAAGCAGUCGGACCAGAACUGGCCAGGUGAAACGUAUCACAUCGCAUCUCGACCCUCUCAUCUCUUUCUGUAUCCCUCUCUUCAUGACCUUUGCCCUGCUCUCCUUCUGCCCCCUCUCUCUCUCCCACAUGUCCACCCCCUUUCUCUCUGCCCUGUCUCCCUGUAUUUCUUUGCCCUCUUCCUGCCCUGGUCUAUUUCUCCUCUUUCAGCCCUCUCUCCCCGCCCUCCUCCCCCUCUCCCUUGCCUGUUCAGCUCUGUCCUAAUGUGACACAGGGUCAUUGUACAGGUAGCAGUGUUCCAUUCAGCUCUCCUCUCCUCAGAUCUCAUGACAGGGCCUGUGUCUAUUCCACCCUAUUCUAACACUGGGAAAGGGAAAGAUCUUGGCUUGUCUGGUUUAGAACUGUUGAAUGAUCCUGAUCGUCCAGAAAGAGUAUCUACAGCUUAGGGAGGAAGAGAGAGAGGGAGAGUUGAUUUGAUUUGGAAGCAGAGUUGAUGACCCCUCACGAAGGGCUUUGUGCCCACUGGGCAUCAUCCGAAUAGACUUUAAUAGGUACCAUGCUGCUGAUUAGCUAAAACCAGCAUGCGGCCCUCUCCGUGAACUCCUAGCAUGACAGCGCAGCUCCACUCCGUUGCCAAGGAAGCUAGAGACGAGACACAAAAUAGUUUAGGUUUGAACAAUCAGCAGAGAUGACAGCACCGUUCCACUUAGGCUAACGCUUACUCAUCCACUCUUUCUCUCUUUCCAUCUCUCUCUCAUUCUCUUGCUUGCAAACAAGCAUGCACACACACACACUGAAUACAGUUUAAUUGGUGUUUCAGUGUAAAGAGGGUUCAACCAGUAAGUGCACAAUUCUAAGUGGAUUGUCAGUGAAUUGGGCUCAAGUGGUACUUAUCAAUGUAUGGGCGGGCAGUUGUACAAUACAUUAGUCUGUGAGGAAUGAGUGGUGGGUGUGAUAGGCCAGCGUUACAAAAGGGAAGUUUCAUUCUGUGGCAAAGUAUGCCUACAGGCAACCAACCAGCAAAACAGAAGGGCCAAAUGCUCAGUAUUGAUUUGUGAUAUCAACUGUCUUAAACGAUCACAUGAGGUGAAUAGGCUACAUGGGGUAUUCCCUUUCAUUAAUAAUGGAGCCUCUCUGUGUGUUUGUUUUUGUGUUCUCUGUAGGUGCAAUGGUUCUCUGCCCAGUGGAGACAGGGGGAGGAGGAAGAGCCGCUUCGCUCUGUACCGGAGGACCAAGGCCAACGGAGUCAAACCCAGCACUGUUCACAUCCUCAACACACCACAGGACAGCAAGGUGUGUGUGAUGUUAUCAUAGUCUUCCUAUGGUGGGAAAUGCUGUCCUCAUGGUAACCUACAGUAAGAGUGGACAGAGUAAAAGGAUUAUUGGUGUGUGUCUGUGUGAUUGCAGGCAGUCCACAGCAGAGGGCAGCACAGCAUCUCCUUCACUCUGUCCCGCAACCAGACGGUGGUGGUGGAGUACUGCCACGACAACGACACUGACAUGUUCCAGGUAAACACCACAACAAGGGUUUUAUUUCGGCUAAAUACCAGAAUGAUGCUAGCUUAUCUAGAGAACACUGAGGUCUUUGUCUUCCAAAACCAGGAAGAACAGAAAGAGGAUAGUUAUUGUACACCCAGGUGUUGCUACCACUUCCCCUUUUUGAAAGACAAAGACUUGGUUAUUAUUUAUUGCUUCUGCUGUGUGUAUACAACGUCCUCCAGAGUUUGUGUAUUGAAUGCUUAAUUUUGACUCGCAUGCUGGAAAUACUCUGAACCACCAAUGGGCUUGGCACGUGUGUUUGUGAGACACUGAAAUAAACAAUGAAUGAAUCAGCAAAUCCCACACCAAAACCCUACUGUACUGUAAGAACCACACUAUCAGACUCUCACGACAGCAGGGGAACGUGAUGAAGAUUCAAUCAGUUCUGAAUAUAUGUCUGGUGGUGGCCAGCUGAGAACAGGGACCCAGAUACAUUCAAAGCAUGGAGAGUGUUGUAGAACUAGAAAGAAAUGUACGUGUAUUAGGGGUGGGCGGUAUACCGGUAUGAAUGUGAAUACCAGUAUGACGUUGUGCCAUGAUAUGGAUUUUGCCGUAUCAUGCAUAUCAUGAUAAAUUAAUGUAUGAAAUAAGGCGUUUUUGUUUCGUUCAACAUUUCUGUCGAGUGAUACAGCCUAGUGGGCUAGUUCGAAUUGUUUAUUUUACUAGAAACAUAGCCUUUUUUAGCAAAUAAAAAAACUAGAAGCAUGGACAUAACACGCGAUCUGCCUGCCAAUCAAAGUCAACAAACAAGCAUGCACAACUGCAGAGUAAGUGAACAUUUAGUGAUGUAAACUCCUUUCGUUAGCAAAAGUGUCCGAAAAUCAAGCUUUGAGGAUGACUGAAGACAAGGAAAAUAACGCUAUUGAGGUUGAUUUGCAGGACGAUGAAGAAUGUGAUUUGGAACUGAAAACAAGAGCAAGAAGUGGAAUGAGAUAACGAGUGCAAUUACGGAUCACAUAGCAAAAGACAUGGAACCAAUUCAAACUGUGGAGAAAGACUGUUUCAGAAAGAUGAUUCGAACUCUAGACCCAAGAUAUGAUAUCCCGAGCCGUAAAUACUUCAGCAAAACAUGUCUGCCAGAACUCUACACAGAAUGUCGGGACAGAGUUGCCAACGAAAUCCGUAACUCUGCAUUCUUCUCUACCACUACCGACUUAUGGUCAAGCCGGACCACAGAGCCAUACAUUAGCCUCACGAUUCAUUACAUUGACGACAACUGGAAGCUGCAAAGCAAAUGCCUUCAGACCUCUUAUUUCCCAGACGACCACACCAGAGAAAUAAUUGCAGCUGGGCUGAGGGAGGCACUUUCAUCCUGGGGCUUGAAAGAGUUGCGUUAAGUAUGUAUGACUACCGACAGCGGAUCGAACAUGGUCAAAGCAUUGGAGCUGAACAAAUAGACAAGACUAGGGUGUUUCGGACACAGGCUACACAUUGUUAUUGGUAAGUUUCAACGUCCAAAACACACAGAGCUAGGUAGAAAAAUAAUGUCACUUAAAAACAACAUAAAAUGCAGAAUAACUAUUGUAUUCCUUAUCUCCUCUGUUUAAAGUUAGAGCUGACUACACUGCCUGAUCCUUAUACGUUAAGCCGGAUAUAUACAGCUAUGCAAAUCUAGAAUAUUUGUCAUUUGUAAAUGUGUGCAUGUCCAAACAUUACAUGGAUUACAUUGCUUUUAUUUAUAAGUGAUACAUUAGCCUAUGGUUUCAAUAUAUGAAUGUAUCCUCUCUCUUUCAAUAAUAAAUAGCCUACUCAAUAAAUUAUCCCGUUUUCUAAAGCAACAUAGCUCUCUUAAUCACAACAGUUGUAUGUAAAUCUAUAGAUGGAUUACAUUUGUAAUCAUGUCCAGUGUCAAUGCUGUAAAUUGUUGUAAUUACAUCAGAUGCUAUGUUAUUUCUAUUGAAUAAUUGUGAUUCAUAUGUAAUUAUUUUUCACCUUUUUAUUUUGCAGAGAGGAGUGUCCAAAACGAACCUCGGGUUUCCCGGGCCACAGGAGUGUGCAAGAAAGUGGUCAGCACAUUUUCCUAUAGUUGGAAGAAGCAGAAGGUCCUGACAAGUGCACAGGAUAAACUGAGCCUACCCCUCCACAAGCUCAUCACGGAAUCCCCGACAAGGUGGGGAUCUCGACUGCAGAUGAUGGAAACAGUCCUGGAGCAGGAAAAGGCAAUCACACAAGUCUUGGCAGCAGAAAAAAAAACACAGCACCUUGCACCCUCCUGGCAAGACAUUGAGGUCUUUGAAUCUAUCACGCCAGCACUUAAGCCCCUCCAGGAUUUCACAGAUGCCCUGUCAGGACACACUCACAUAUGUCUCUCCUAUCUGAAGCCGGUCCUCCAUUUGUUCAAGACGGAGGUUCUGAAAUCAAAUGAGGGCGAAGCCAAACUGACCGGAGAGAUUAAGAUGAGGGUUCUCAAUUCCCUGAAUGACAAAUACACCGAUCCUGAAACAGAUGAGCUGCUCACCAUGGCUACCUUUCUGGACCCAAGGUUCAAGACCACCUACAUGACCACUGAGAAGCUGGUGGAGGUGAAGGUGAGAGCUGCCUCCGAGACAGAAGCCCUCCUGGUAGGGAACACAGCCGUGGGAGACUUAUUUUUUGAAGAGGACCAGAGUGAGAGAGAGAAAGAAGCUGCCACUGCUCCACAAUCAGCAAAGAAGUCCAAGAAGAGCUUCUUUAAGAAAACCAGUAGUGCACCUGCCUUAAGAACCCAGAGACAGGUCAUCGAGCAAGAGCUGGACAGCUACACUCUGAUGAUGGCAGCAGACAGUGAGGCUGAUCCUUUGGAAUGGUGGCGAGUUCACGCAUCCAACUUCCCACAAUUGAGUUGUCUGACAAAUAAAUACUUAUGCAUCCCUGCCACAAGUUCGCCCUCUGAGAGAGCAUUUAGCACUGGGGGCAAUGUGGUCACAUGCCACAGGGCAACUUUGAAGCCAGAAACUGUCAAUAGGCUGGUGUUCCUGGCACGUAACUUGUGAAGAGGGAGGCAGUGAAUUGUUACAUGCUGAACUGAGAAACAUACAGACUGUCUGGUUAAUGCUUGAAGUUAAUUUGAAAAGGUUUACAACUUGAAUUCAUAAUGACUGGUGUUAUGCUGAAAAAAGACUGCACUUAUAUUUGGCAGGAAAAAGUUUACAUCCUGAGUACUCUAAAUAGUUGUUUAUAAAAUGUUACUGCAUAUUUAUUUAACUCAUAUACCUUUGUUUAUGUUUCAUGUUUGCACAGGUUUACCACAGACGUAAAACAAAUAAUAAUAAAAAAAUGCCCCCUUUCUGUUUCUAUAAGGUUUUUUAAUAUUUAGUCAUUUAUUAACUUUGAAGGGCUCAUAAAAUGUUCAAUUUUUUUUUUUACAGUAUAUCGUGAUAUUAUAUCGUUAUCGUCCGGACAGUGGAAAAUAUCGUGAUAUGAAUUUUUGUUCAUAUUGCCCACCCCUAACGUAUAUCUUAAGUGUUUUAUCACAGGUGUUUAAUUUAAUUUGAGUAACUGCACAGCUUGAAAAUAAAUGGUGCCGGAUGUUAUUGCUAUUUUUGUGUGAAAGAUAAAGUACUGAUAAGUCAUAAGCACAACAGGAUCCUUCAAGUCCUGGCCUAAUUAACAAGCUAAAGCAAACCUAAAAUCAUCAAAAUCACUAAAACCAUGACUUGACAUAAAAUAUUACUUUUAGCUACUAGUGGAGCAAAGGGCCUUAAAAUUGCUUUCCAAUCGAACCCUGUUCUGAACACAAUAAAGACCCAAUGUAAUGUUUCUCUCGUUUCCCUGCAGAUUGGGCGCUCCACAGAAAGUCCCAUAGACUUUGUUGUGACAGACACGUCAGGAGAGGGGAAGGAGGGCGAGGACCCCUCUGUGGCCCCCAGCACCAUCUCCCGCUUCGCCUGCAGGGUGGUGUGUGAACGCAACCCCCCCUACACCGCACGCAUCUACGCCGCUGGCUUCGACUCCUCCAAAAACAUCUUCCUAGGGGUGAGUGUGGAGCACAGGCUCGGUAGAGCGACCAAAUGGAGAGAUGUCAAUGGACGUCAGUUGAAAAUGAGUUGGAGAAGAAUCACACUUUGUUAUGGCCAUGUUCAAUUGACACAAAUGGGUGUGUUCCUAUUGGACAGGUUACGGCAGUACCUACCUACAUUUUCUCCCAUUGGGUGCCUACUGAACGCAAUAGAUGCAAAUAACCCAAGCUUCUGUUCUCUCUCGGUUUUCUUCUUCCUUCUCUACUUCAUCAUCAUCAUCUCCUCCUCCAGGAGAAAGCCACUAAGUGGAAGAACCCGGACGGCCACAUGGAUGGUUUGACCACCAACGGGGUGCUGGUGAUGCACCCUGAGGGCUUCCCUGAGGACAGCAGACAGGGUCUCUGGAGGGAGAUCUCUGUCUGUGGGGACGUCUACGCCCUCCGAGAGACACGCUCUGGACCCAGCCGAGGAAAACUGGUCAGUACAUAAGCUACAGGAUGUACAAACAGAGCUCUGUCCCAAAUGGUACCCUAUUCCCUAUAUAGUGGUCUACUACAGUGGGGGGGAAAAAGUAUUUAGUCAGCCACCAAUUGUGCAAGUUCUCCCACUUAAAAAGAUGAGAGAGGCCUGUAAUUUUCAUCAUAGGUACACGUCAACUAUGACAGACAAAUUGAGGAAAAAAAAUCCAGAAAAUUACAUUGUAGGAUUUGUAAUGAAUUUAUUUGCAAAUUAUGGUGGAAGAUACGUAUUUGGUCACCUACAAACAAGCAAGAUUUCUGGCUCUCACAGACCUGUAACUUCUUCUUUAAGAGGCUCAUCUGUCCUCCACUCGUUACCUGUAUUAAUGGCACCUGUUUGAACUUGUUAUCAGUAUAAAAGACACCUGUCUACAACCUCAAACAGUCACACUCCAAACUCCACUAUGGCCAAGACCAAAGAGCUGUCAAAGGACACCAGAAACAAAAUUGUAGACCUGCACCAGGCUGGGAAGACUGAAUCUGCAAUAGGUAAGCAGCUUGGUUUGAAGAAAUCAACUGUGGGAGCAAUUAUUAGGAAAUGGAAGACAUACAAGACCACUGAUAAUCUCCCUCGAUCUGGGGCUCCACGCAAGAUCUCACCCCGUGGGGUCAAAAUGAUCACAAGAACGGUGAGCAAAAAUCCCAGAACCACACGGGGGGACCUAGUGAAUGACCUGCAGAGAGCUGGGACCAAAGUAACAAAGCCUACCAUCAGUAACACACUACGCCGCCAGGGACUCAAAUCCUGCAGUGCCAGACGUGUCCCCCUGCUUAAGCCAGUACAUGUCCAGGCCCGUCUGAAGUUUGCUAGAGUGCAUUUGGAUGAUCCAGAAGAGGAUUGGGAGAAUGUCAAAUGGUCAGAUGAAACCAAAAUAUAACUUUUUGGUAAAAACUCAACUCGUCGUGUUUGGAGGACAAAGAAUGCUGAGUUGCAUCCAAAGAACACCAUACCUACUGUGAAGCAUGGGGGUGGAAACAUCAUGCUUUGGGGCUGUUUUUCUGCAAAGGGACCAGGAUGACUGAUCCGUGUAAAGGAAAGAAUGAAUGGGGCCAUGUAUCGUGAGAUUUUGAGUGAAAACCUCCUUCCAUCAGCAAGGGCAUUGAAGAUGAAACGUGGCUGGGUCUUUCAGCAUGACAAUGAUCCCAAACACACCGCCCGGGCAACGAAGGAGUGGCUUCGUAAGAAUCAUUUCAAGGUCCUGGAGUGGCCUAGCCAGUCUCCAGAUCUCAACCCCAUAGAAAAUCUUUGGAGGGAGUUGAAAGUCUGUGUUGCCCAGCGACAGCCCCAAAACAUCACUGCUCUAGAGGAGAUCUGCAUGGAGGAAUGGGCCAAAAUACCAGCAACAGUGUGUGAAAACCUUGUGAAGACUUACAGAAAACGUUUGACCUGUGUCAUUGCCAACAAAGGGUAUAUAACAAAGUAUUGAGAAACUUUUGUUAUUGACCAAAUACUUAUUUUCCACCAUAAUUUGCAAAUAAAUUCAUUAAAAAUCCUACAAUGUGAUUUUCUGGAUUUUAUUUCCUCAUUUUGUCUGUCAUAGUUGACGUGUACCUAUGAUGAAAAUUACAGGCCUCUCUCAUCUUUUUAAGUGGGAGAACUUGCACAAUUGGUGGCUGACUAAAUACUUUUUCCCCCACUGUAUAUAUAGAGCCCUAUGGGCCCUGGUCAAAAGUAGUGCACUACAGUGCAUUCGGAAAGUAUUCAGACCCCUUGACUUUUUCCACAUUUUGUCACGUUACAGCCUUUUUCUAAAAUGGAUUAAAUUGUAUUUUUUCCUCAUCAAUCUACACACAAUAACCCAUAAUGACAAAGCAAAAACGUAUAAAUAAAAAGUAUUCAGACACUUUACUUAGAACUUUGUUGAAGCACCUUUGGCAGCGAUUACAGCCUUGAGUCUUCUUGGGAAUGACGCUACAAGCUUGGCACACCUAUAUUUGGGGAGUUUCUCCCAUUCUUCUCUGCAGAUCCUCUCAAGCUCUGUCAGGUUGGAUGGGGAGCGUCGCUGCACAGCUAAUUUCAGGUCUCUCCAGAGAUGUUCGAUCAGGUUCAAGUCCAGGCUCUGGCUGGGCCACUCAAGCACAUUCAGAGACUUGUUCCAAAGCCACUCCUGCGCUGUCUUGGCUGUGUGCUUAGGGUCGUUCUCCUGUUGGAAGGUGAACCAGUCUGAGGUCCUGAGCGCUUUGGAGCAGGUUUUCAUCAAGGAUCUCUCUGUACUUUGCUCCGUUCAUCUUUCCCUCGAUCCUGACUAGUCUCCCAGUCCCUGCCGCUGAAAAACAUCCCCACAGCAUGAUACUGCCACCACCAUGCUUAACCAUAGGGAUGGUGCCAGGUAUCCUCCAGACGUGACGCUUGGCAUUCAAAACUCCAAGCGAACUGUCAUGUGCCUUUUACUGGAGUGCUUCCGUCUGGCCACUCUAUCAUAAAGGCCUGAUUGGUGGAGUGCUGCAGAGAUGGUUGUCCUUCUGGAAUGUUCUACCAUCUCCUCAGAGGAACUCUGGAGCUCUGUCAGUGAUCUUCUGGUUCUUGGUCACCUCCCUGACCAAGGCACUCCUCUUCAGUUUGGCUGUGCGGCCAGCUCCAGGAAGAGUUGGUGGUUCCAAACUUCUUCCAUUUAAGAGGCCACAGUGUUCUUGGGGACCUUCAAUGCUGCAGAAAUUUUUUGGUACCCUUCCCCAGAUCUGUGCCUCGACACAAUCCUGUCUCUGAGCUCUACGGACAAUUCCUUCGACCUCAUGGCUUGGUUUUUGCUCUGACAUGCACUGUCAACUGUGGGACCUUAUAUAGACAGGUGUGUGCCUUUCCAAAUCAUGUCCAAUUCAUUGAAUUUACCACAGGUGGACUCCAAUCAAGUUAUAGGAACAUCUCAAGGAUGAUCAAUGGAAACCGGAUGCACCUGAGCUCAAUUUCAAGUCUCAUAGCAAAGAGUCUGAAUACUUACGUAAAUAAGGUAUUUCUAUGUUUUAUUUUUCAUACAUUUGCAAACAUUUCUAAAAACCUGUUUUUGCUUUGUCAUUAUGGGGUAUUGAGUGUAGAUUGAUGAGGAAAUUUUUUUAUUUAAUCAAUUUUAGAACAAGGCUGUAAUGUAAACAAAAUGUGGAAAAAGUCAAGGGGUCUGAAUACUUUCCCCCGAAUGCACUCUAUAUAGGGAAUAGACACCUGUAUCUAUGAACGUGUCAUUUUCUCUGCUUCUUAUAUGUUCUAGUGUGUAGUAGUCUGAUGUCCUCCCUGUGUGUGUGUGUCUCCGGACUGCAGGCGGAGGGAGAGAGCAGUGCCCUGCGUGAUGGUUCUCUGGUGGACCUGUGUGGAGCCACUCUGCUGUGGCGUACUGGAGAGGGCCUGCUCCGCGCUCCCACCCUCCGCCACCUGGAGGCGCUGCGACAGGAGCUCAACGCUGCCCGGCCACAGUGUCCUGUAGGCCUCAGUACCCUGGCAUUCCCCAGCUUGCCACGCAGCCACAGGUUAGUAACAUACACAAUGGUGUAGUGGAGGGUAAAUGGAAUGUACACACCUUUUUUUGUUUGCGUUGGGUUUUACCCACCUUUUGUGGAAAAAUGCAUUAAAAGUAUAGGGAGUGUUUUAUUUAUUUAUUUUUUAGGGGGUAGAUCAGCUUUUAAUAUUGCAGCUAGAUUGUGGCUUCAAUCAAUGUAAUUGCCUGCAUCAUUUCCAAUCCCCCAUAUAUUUGUAUUGUAAAUAUACAGUACCAGUCAAAAGUUUGGACACACCUACUCAUUACAGGGUUUUUCUUAAUUUUUUUACUAUUUUCUACAUUGUAGAAUAAUAGUGAAGACAUCAAAACUAUGAAAUAACAUACAGAAUCAUGUAGUAACCAAAAAAGUGUUAAACAAAUAUAUAUUUUAUAUUUGAGAUUCUUCAAAGUAGCCACCCUUUGCCUUGAUGACAGCUUUCCACACUCUUGGCAUUCUCUCAACCAGUAACCAUAGGUACACGUCAACUAUGACAGACAAAAUGAGAGAAAAAAAUCCAGUCUCCAGAUCUCAACCCCAUAGAAAAUCUUUGGAGGGAGUUGAAAGUCUGUGUUGCCCAGCGACAGCCCCAAAACAUCACUGCUCUAGAGGAGAUCUGCAUGGAGGAAUGGGCCAAAAUACCAGCAACAGUGUGUGAAAACCUUGUGAACACUUACAGAAAACGUUUGACCUGUGUCAUUGGCAACAAAGGGUAUAUAACAAAGUAUUGAGAAACUUUUGUUAUUGACCAAAUACUUAUUUUCCACCAUAAUUUGCAACUAAAUUCAUUAAAAAUCCUACAAUGUGAUUUUCUGGAAAAGAAAAUCUCAAUUUGUCUGUCAUAGUUGACGUGUACCUAUGAUGAAAAUUACAGGCCUCUCUCAUCUUUUUAAGUGGGAGAACUUGCACAAUUGGUGGCUGACUAAAUACCUUUUUUCCCCACUGUAUUGUAAAUGAAAGAUGAAAUGUUUUGCUAAGAGUAUUAUUAUGUUAUUGAUCGAUUGACUAUGACUUUUCAAAUCACCCAGCAGUGCUAGCUCCAGGUAAAUUUGCCAAUUCUUCAGCCAUUCCUGAACCUGCGAACAAAAACAAGCUACAUAUGGACAGAACCAAAACAAAUGAUCUAAUGAUUCUGUUUCUUCGCAGCAAAAUCUGCAGAGCCGGGAUAGUUGUAUCCCCCAUACAGUGAGGGAAAAUAAUAUUUGACCCCCUGCUGAGUUUGCCCACUGACAAAGAAAUGAUCAGUCUAUAAUUUUAAUGGUAGGUUUAUUUGAACAGUGAGAGACAGAAUAACAACAAAAAAAUCCAGAAAAACUCAUGUCAAAAAUGUUAUAAAUUGAUUUGCAUUUUAAUGAGGGAAAUAAGUAUUUGACCCCCUCUCAAUCAGAAAGAUUUCUGGCUCCCAGGUGUCUUUUAUACAGGUAACGAGCUGAGAUUAGGAGCACACUCUUAAAGGGAGUGCUCCUAAUCUCAGCUUGUUACCUGUAUAAAAGACACCUGUCCACAGAAGCAAUCAAUCAAUCAGAUUCCAAACUCUCCACCAUGGCCAAGACCAAAGAGCUCUCCAAGGAUGUCAGGGACAAGAUUGUAGACCUACACAAGGCUGGAAUGGGCUACAAGACCAUCGCCAAGCAGCUUGGUGAGAAGGUGACAACAGUUGGUGCCAAUCUCGACAAAAUAACUGUCAAUCUCCCUCGGCCUGGGGCACCAUGCAAGAUCUCACCUCGUGGAGUUGCAAUGAUCAUGAGAACGGUGAGGAAUCAGCCCAGAACUACACGGGAGGAUCUUGUCAAUGAUCUCAAGGCAGCAGGGACCAUAGUCACCAAGAAAACAAUUGGUAACACACUACGCCGUGAAGGACUGAAAUCCUGCAGCGCCCGCAAGGUCCCCCUGCUCAAGAAAGCACAUAUACAGGGCUGUCUGAAGUUUGCCAAUGAACAUCUGAAUGAUUCAGAGGAUAACUGGGUGAAAGUGUUGUGGUCAGAUGAGACCAAAAUUGAGCUCUUUGGCAUCAACUGAACUCGCCGUGUUUGGAGGAGGAGGAAUGCUGCCUAUGACCCCAAGAACACCAUCCCCACCGUCAAACAUGGAGGUGGAAACAUUUAUGCUUUGGGGGUGUUUUUCUGCUAAGGGGACAGGACAACUUCACCGCUUCAAAGGGACGAUGGACGGGGCCAUGUACCGUCAAAUCUUGGGUGAGAACCUUCUUCCCUCAGCCAGGGCAUUGAAAAUGGGUCGUGGAUGGGUAUUCCAGCAUGACAAUUACCCAAAACACACGGCCAAGGCAACAAAGGAGUGGCUCAAGAAGAAGCACAUUAAGGUCCUGGAGUGGCCUAGCCAGUCUCCAGACCUUAAUCCCAUAGAAAAUAUGUGGAGGGAGCUGAAGGUUCGAGUUGCCAAACGUCAGCCUCAAAACCUUAAUGACUUGGAGAAAAUCUGCAAAGAGGAGUGGAACAAAAUCUCUCCUGAGAUGUGUGCAAACCUGGUGGCCAACUACAAGAAACGUCUGACCUCUGUGAUUGCCAACAAGGGUUUUGCCACCAAGUACUAAGUCAUGUUUUGCAGAGGGGUCAAAUACUUAUUUCCCUCAUUAAAAUGCAAAUCAAUUUAUAAAAUUUUUGAUGUGAGUUUUUCUGGAUUUUGUUGUUGUUAUUCUGUCUCUCAGUGUUCAAAUAAACCUACCAUUAAAAUUAUAGACUGAUCAUUUCUUUGUCAGUGGGCAAACGUACAAAAUCAGCAGGGGGUCAAAUACUUUUUUCCCUCACUGUAUAUAUAUAUAUAUAUAUAUAAAACACUCGAUUGGUUGCAAAAAUUUAGUGUAAUAAUUUAAAUUUAAAACUCUUAGGUUUUGUGUAUCAGUUCAUAAACCAUGUGCCAUGGAAUCGGUACAUCGAAAGUCUCUUCCCAACUAUUUUGCAAUCUAUAUGGCACAGCUGCCAAUUUUUGGGUCCUUAAAGUAAACUGGUAUACUUUUUUAUUCAUCACAUUUUUCUUUAACCAAUUUUGGUCUUUUAAUGCAGGGCUGGCAGACAAGUUCCUUACUUUCUCUCUGUUCCACUUGCCUCUUCUAUUUUUGCGGUAAUGCUGCAAUUAGUUGGUUGUAAUUCUGGGUAGAGCAGACAUUUCCAUAUAUUUUUGUUAGCUGCAUGUGUGACAACUCCACCAGUCCUAUUUAUGAUAUAAUUUACAAAGAUUAUGCCAUUUAAAAACUUUUUUAAUCAAUUAGUACAUUUGCGUUUAACCAUAAUAUUUGUUGUAAAAUUUGUUCUGUUUUUUUCUGGUGGAUUAAACUGAAAUUGCAACCAACUUUCUAUGGCUUGUUUUAAAAAUAGUGAUAUUUUGGAGAUUAUUUCAUUUUCAAAUAACCGAAAGUGAGAGGUUGUAAUCUGAAUAAAGGGGAAAAGGCCAUUCUUGAACAUGGGGUGAGACAUUCUUAAUAAUCUUGUAGAGAACCAGUUCGGAUUUGAGUAUAACUUUUGUAUGACCGAAGCCUUUAGUGAGAGGUCUAAUGCUUUAAUAUUUAAUCAUUUCUGCCAUCCAAAUUCAUAUUCAUUAUAUAAAUAGGCCUGUUGAAUUUGGUCUGGCUUGCCGUUCCAAAUAAAAUAGAAAAACAUUUGCUCAUAUAAUUGAAAAAACAAGUCGCUAGGUGUAGGCAAGGCCAUAAGCAAAUAGGUAAACUGGGAUAUGACUAAAGAGUUAAUCAUGGUGAUUUUUCCACAAAUAGACAGGUAUUUUCCUUUCCAUGGUAGCAAGAUCUUUCUAUUACAGUUUAUUGUAGUGAGAUCAUUUCUUUUUUUCGGGAUAUGAAUACUGAGUAUGUCCACUUCACUGUCAGACCAUUUUAUUGGUAAACUACAUGGUAAUGUAAAACAUUUAAACACACUUAAUAAAGUACACAUCAUAAUUUCGUUGUAAUCCAGAAGGUUAUAAAAAUUAGCUAGAUCCUCUAUGAGGCUGUGGAUGGAUCCACAUUUUGGAUUACACCACAUCAGUCACUGGCUUCAUCAAUAAGUGCAUCGAUGAUGUCGUCCCCACAGUGACCGUACGUACAUACCCCAACCAGAAGCCAUGGAUUACAGGAAACAUCCGCACUGAGCUAAAGGGUAGAGCUGCCGCUUUCAAGGAACGGGACUCUAACCCGGACGCUUAUAAGAAAUCCCGCUAUGCCCUCCGACGAACCAUCAAACAGGCAAAGAGUCAAUACAGGGCUAAGAUUGAAUCAUACUACACUGGCUCUGACGCUCGUCGGAUGUGGCAGGGCUUGAAAACUAUUACAGACUACAAAGGGAAGCACAGCCGCGAGCUGCCCAGUGACACAAGCCUACCAGACGAGCUAAACCACUUCUAUGCUCGCUUCGAGGCAAGCAACACUGAAGCAUGCAUGAGAGCACCAGCUGUUCCGGAUGACUAUGUGAUCACGCUCUCCGUAGCCGAUGUGAGUAAGACUUUUAAGCAGGUCAACAUUCACAAGGCCGCAGGGCCAGACGGAUUACCAGGACGUGUACUCCGAGCAUGUGCUGACCAACUGGCAAGUGUCUUCACUGACAUUUUCAACAUGUCCCUGACUGAGUCUGUAAUACCAACAUGUUUCAAGCAGACCACCAUAGUCCCCGUGCCCAAGGACUCUUAAGAUAACCUGCCUAAAUUACUACCGACCCGUAGCACUGACGUCUGUAGCCAUGACGUGCUUUGAAAGGCUGGUCAUGGCUCACAUCAACAGCAUUAUCCCAGAAACCCUAGACCCACUCCAAUUUGCAUACCGCCCCAACAGAUCCACAGAUGAUGCAAUCUCUAUUGCACUCCACACUGCCCUUUCCCACCUGGACAAGAGGAACACCUACGUGAGAAUGCUAUUCAUUGACUACAGCUCAGCAUUCAACACCAUAGUGCCCUCUAAGCUCAUCACUAAGCUAAGGAUCCUGGGACUAAACACCUCCCUCUGCAACUGGAUCCUGGACUUCCUGACGGGCCGCCCCCAGGUGGUAAGGGUAGGUAACAACACAUCUGCCACACUGAUCCUCAACACGGGGGCCCCUCUGGGGUGCGUGCUCAGUCCCCUCCUGUACUCUCUGUUCACCCAUGACUGCAUGGCCAGGCACGACUCCAACACCAUCAUUAAGUUUGCCGACGACACAACAGUGGUAGGCCUGAUCACCGACAACGAUGAGACAGCCUAUAGGGAGGAGGUCAGAGACCUGGCCGUGUGGUGCCAGGACAACAACCUCUCCCUCAACGUGACCAAGACAAAGGAGAUGAUUGUGGACUACAGGAAAAAAAAGAGGACUGAGCACGCCCCCAUUCUCAUCGACGGGGCUGUAGUGGAACAGGUUGAGAGCUUCAAGUUCCUUGGUGUCCACAUCACCAACGAACUAUCAUGGUCCAAACACACCAAGACAGUCGUGAAGAGGGCACGACAAAGCCUAUUCCCCCUCAGGAGACUGAAAAGAUUUGGCAUGGGCCCUCAGAUCCUCAAAAAAUUCUACAGCUGCACCAUCGAGAGCAUCCUGACUGGUUGCAUCACCGCCUGGUAUGGCAACUGCUUGGCCUCCGACCGCAAGGCACUACAGAGGGUAGUGCGUACGGCCCAGUACAUCACUGGGGCCAAGCUUCCUGCCAUCCAGGACCUCUAUACCAGGCGGUGUCAGAGGAAGGCCCUCAAAAUUGUCAAAGACUCCAGCCACCCUAGUCAUAGACUGUUCUCCCUGCUACCGCACGGCAAGUGGUACCGGAGUGCCAAGUCUAGGUCCAAAAGACUUCUCAACAGCUUCUACCCCCAAGCCAUAAGACUCCUGAACAGCUAAUCAUGGCUACCCGGACUAUUUGCACUGCCCCCCCACCCCAUCCUUUUUACGCUGCUGCUACUCUGUUAAUUAUUUAUGCAUAGUCACUUUAACUCUACCCACAUGUACAUAUUACUUCAACUAUCGCAACUAGCCGGUGCCCCCGCACAUUGACUCUGCACCGGUACCCCCCUGUAUAUAUAGCCUCCCUACUGUUAUUUUAUUUUACUUCUGCUCUUUUUUUCUCAACACUUUUUUUGUUGUUGUUUUAUUUUUACUUUUUUUGUUAAAAAUAAAUGCACUGUUGGUUAAGGGCUGUAAGUAAGCAUUUCACUGUAAUGUCUGCACCUGUUGUAUUCGGCGCAUGUGACCAAUACAAUUUGAUUUGAUUUGAUUUAAAAGAACAUGAAUCAUUAGCGUACAAUGACAACUUUGUUUUUAAGCCCUGGCUUUCUAGCCCCUUGAUAUUAUUGUUGGAUCUGAUUUUAAUAGCUAACAUUUCGAUGGCCAUAAUAAAUAGAUAUACCGAUAGUGGACAACCUUGUUUUACUCCUCUUGACAGUUUAAUACUUUCGGCGAAAUAGCAAUUAUUUACUAUUUUACACCUAGGGUUACUGUACUGUACAUAACCCAUUGUAUAAGAGAUUCUCCAAAAUUGAAAUAUUCCAGGUAUUUAUAUAUAAAUUCAGUUGUACUUUAUCAAAAGCCUUUUCGAAGUCAGCUAUCAAUACCAGGCCUGGUUUCCCAGACUUUUCAUUGUGAUCUAUUGUUUACAGUACUUGUAUUAUUAUCUCCCAAUGUAUCGUCAAUGUAAAAAAUCUGUCUGAUUAGGAUGAAUGAUAUCCGACAAUAUUUUUUUAAUUCUAUGCCUUUUGCUAGAAUUUUUGCAUCAGAAUACUGAAGUGUAAGGGGCCUCCAAUUUUUUUAAUGGACUGGAUUUUUAUAUUUACCACUUUGGUCCUUUUUCAGUAAUAAUGAAAUCAGACCUUCUUGUUGAGUACAGUGGGGGAAAAAAAAGUAUUUAGUCAGCCACCAAUUACGCAAGUUCUCCCACUUAAAAAGAUGAGAGAGGCCUGUAAUUUUAAUCAUAAGUACACGUCAACUAUGACAGACAAAAUGAGAAUUUAUUUUCUCCAGAAAAUCACAUUGUAGGAUUUUUAAUGAAUUUAUUUGCAUAUUAUGGUGGAAAAUAAGUAUUUGGUCAAUAACAAAAGUUUCUCAAUACUUUGUUAUAUACCCUUUGUUGGCAAUGACACAGGUCAAACGUUUUCUGUAAGUCUUCACAAGGUUUUCACACACUGUUGCUGGUAUUUUGGCCCAUUCCUCCAUGCAGAUCUCCUCUAGAGCAGUGAUGUUUUGGGGCUGUCGCUGGGCAACACAGACUUUCAACUCCCUCCAAAGAUUUUCUAUGGGGUUGAGAUCUGGAGACUGGCUAGGCCACUCCAGGACCUUGAAAUGCUUCUUACGAAGCCACUCCUUCGUUGCCCGGGCGGUGUGUUUGGGAUCAUUGUCAUGCUGAAAGACCCAGCCACGUUUCAUCUUCAAUGCCCUUGCUGAUGGAAGGAGGUUUUCACUCAAAGUCAUGGCCCCAUUCAUUCUUUCCUUUACACGGAUCAGUCGUCCUGGUCCCUUUGCAGAAAAACAGCCCCAAAGCAUGAUGUUUCCACCCCCAUGCUUCACAGUAGGUAUGGUGUUCUUUGGAUGCAACUCAACAUUCUUUGUCCUCCAAACAUGACGAGUUGAGUUUUUACCAAAAAGUUAUAUUUUGGUUUCAUCUGACCAUAUGACAUUCUCCCAAUCCUCUUCUGGAUCAUCCAAAUGCACUCUAGCAAACUUCAGACGGGCCUGGACAUGUACUGGCUUAAGCAGGGGGACACGUCUGGCACUGCAGGAUUUGAGUCCCUGGCGGCGUAGUGUGUUACUGAUGGUAGGCUUUGUUACUUUGGUCCCAGCUCUCUGCAGGUCAUUCACUAGGUCCCCCUGUGUGGUUCUGGGAUUUUUGCUCACCGUUCUUGUGAUCAUUUUGACCCCACGGGGUGAGAUCUUGCGUGGAGCCCCAGAUCGAGGGAGAUUAUCAGUGGUCUUGUAUGUCUUCCAUUUCCUAAUAAUUGCUCCCACAGUUGAUUUCUUCAAACCAAGCUGCUUACCUAUUGCAGAUUCAGUCUUCCCAGCCUGGUGCAGGUCUACAAUUUUGUUUCUGGUGUCCUUUGACAGCUCUUUGGUCUUGGCCAUAGUGGAGUUUGGAGUGUGACUGUUUGAGGUUGUGGACAGGUGUCUAUUAUACUGAUAACAAGUUCAAACAGGUGCCAUUAAUACAGGUAACGAGUGGAGGACAGAGGAGCCUCUUAAAGAAGAAGUUACAGGUCUGAGAGCCAGAAAUCUUGCUUGUUUGUAGGUGACCAAAUACUUAUUUUCCACCAUAAUUUGCAAAUAAAAUGUGAUUUUCUGGAUUUUUUUUCUCAAUUUGUCUGUCAUAGUUGACGUGUACCUAUGAUGAAAAUUACAGGCCUCUCUCAUCUUUUUAAGUGGGAGAACUUGCACAAUUGGUGGCUGACUAAAUACUUUUUUCCCCCACUGUAUUUGAUAAUCUACCAUUUUUAUAGGAGUAGUUAAAACAUGCUAAUAACAGUCCUCUGAGUACAUCAAAAAAGGUUUGGUAUACCUCAACUGGUAUGCCAUCCAGCCCUGGAGUUUUCCUGGACUUAAAGGCUUUAAUUGCUUCAAGAAGUUCCUCCCCUGUAAUUUGGCCUUCACAUGAGUCUUUCUAUACAGCUGUUAGUUUUACACUAUUAAUAGAAAAAAAAAUCCUUACAAUUAACUUUGGUUAGUGGAGAUGGAGGAGACUGAAAUGAAAACAUAUGCUUAAAGUACUUUCCUUCCUCUUUCAAAAUAUAAUUUGGUGAAUCAUGGGUGACUGUCAUUUGUAACAAGUUUCAGAAAAUUAUUUUUGGUAGCAUUUCUAUGUUGAAGAUAAAAAAAUUAUUUGGUGCAUUUUUCCCCAUAUUCCAUCCAGUCCGCUUUAUUUUCAUAAUAUAUUACACUUAAUCCUUCUUGAAUAAGUUCCUCCGUUUCUUUUUGUUUUUCCUCUUAACUUAUUCUGUGCCUCCUACAGUUUUUAUUACUAUCUAUCUGUACUGUUAGUCCCUCUAUUUCCUUUGUUAAUAUGAACUCUUUUGACCUAUAUUGCUUUUGUUUUAAAGAUGAGUUUUGAAUUGCAUGGCCUCUAAAGGCACAUUUAAAAGUGUGCCAUACAAUAAGGGGAUCUGCUGUACCUAUGUUAUGUGGGAAAAAGUAUGUUAUAAAACAAGUUCCUUGCCCACGUGGAAAUUCUGUAAGAGUAAUGUAUAUGCCAAUUAUUUGAUGGUCCGACCGCAUUCUGUCCCCUAUCAACACUUUUUAAACUUUUGGUGCCAGCGAGAAUGACAUAAGAAAGUAGUCAAGACGACUAGCUUGAUUGAGUCUCCGCCAUGUAUAUCUCACAAGGUCAGGAUAUUUAAGCCUCCAUAUAUCCACUAGUUUCAAUAUAUCCAUGAUAUUUGUGAUUUUCUUAUAUGCAUGAGGGUGAUAGUUUGUUGUGUGAUUUCCUUUUACAUUUCUCCCAACAUAACAAUAGAGUCUUGUAUUGCUUGUAGGCUUGAUAAAUGAUUAUAUAUAUUUUCAAAGAAGCUUUGCUCAUCAUUGUUUGGACCAUAUAGAUUAAUGAGCCAAAUAUGUUUAUGGUCCAAUAACAUAUUUAUAAUAAUCAUUCUACCUUGCGGAUCUGUUUGGACAAUUUGCACAUUCGGAUCAAAAUGAUUGUUAAUUAAUAUCAUCACCAAGUAUAGGGAGUGUUAGUUUAUUCACCCCGAACGGCAAUCAGAAUUUACUCACCUACUUUUUUUACCACCACACACACACACACACAGCGGUUAUAGCGUUGGGCCUGCAUUGGGUUGCUAGUUCGAAUCCCUGAGCCGACAAGGUGAAAAAUCUGUGUAUGUGCCGUUGAGCAAGGCACUUAACCCUAAUUGCGCCAGGGUCUCUGUUGAUAAUGGCUGAUACCCCACUCUCCGAGGGGAUAUGCAAAAACAAUGAUUACAAAAAAAUAAAACAAUUCCAAGUCACACAUGCGUAUUAAUACACACUUGUACAUGUGAUUAAUAGGACAAAUAUAAGCACCCACCAUAAUAUUAUUAUUAUUAUUAUUAUUAUACACACACACACCGCUACACUAGGAUCUCAACACCUCCCGGCCAGUAGGCCUCAGUACGCAUUCAGCCUUGAGCACGACACAACAUGGCCCGAUUUACAAAUCUGUUUUUAUCCCAUGUAAUCUAUUUAUAGCUAUUUUACAAUACAACCACUACCAAUAAAUAAUAAAAAUGAUGCUUUGAGUUUGAGAAAAGCUAAAACCAAGUCAUUUUCAUUUCCCCCCCAGUCUGGAGGAGCGCCAGCCCUGGGUCUACCUCACCUGUGGACACGUGCACGGCCACCACGACUGGGGCCAGCGCCCCGAGCGCGGGGAGGAGGGAGGAGGAGAUGGGGAAGGAGGGAUCACAAUGGUCCGCCGGGAGUGCCCUCUAUGCAGGAGUGUGGGGCCCUACGUGCCCCUGUGGCUGGGGUGUGAGCCUGCCGUGUAUGUGGAUGCUGGAGCACCCACAUAUGCAUUUGUACCCUGCGGCCACGUGUGUUCGGAGAGGACAGCCAAGUACUGGGCGGAUACCCCGCUGCCUCAUGGGACACACGCCUUCCGGCCCACCUGUCCCUUCUGCUCUGCCCCUCUCAGCAGCACCCCACAGGGCUGGACCCGCCUCAUCUUCCAGGGCCCUAUCGAC